GAUUGAACUGAAGUUUCUUAUUGAAAAUGCAUUUAAAACUGUCAUUAAUGAUUUAUUGCGUCAAGUUGAAAAACAAUAAGAAUAAUAUACACAAGAGCAAAUAAUAAAGCUAAAACAUAUCAUUGAUAGUCACUCAAACGUCGGAGAUAGAACAGGUGCGAUACGAGCGGUAUGCGGGGGCAGAACGAAUCCGAUAUGAAAUGCAAACCGCGAUCCGAAGAAUCUCAUUAGCGAAACGAGAUCUCCAGUUACCUAGCACGAAAACUGAAGAUAACUUACUGUCAUGUUUCAAAAGUCUCACUCAACUCUUGCUCGUGAAAACAAGUAAACGACCUCUUUGCUUUAAAAAUGGCUCGAUUCUUAAAGUUAACAAAAUUUCUUCUGCACAUAGUCUUUAUAGUUUUAAUAAACUACUUCAUCAGCCAAAAACCGACGAACUUCUUAAAAAUAAAGAAAAUAACCAGAUUUUCAUCUGACUUAAAACAUAUUUUAAUUUGGACGCAUCUUCAAAACUUCAAAGAUUCCGGUCAAGGCGAUUUCAUCAAUAGAAAAUGUAGGCAUAUAAAUUGCUAUUUAACAAAGAAUAGAAGCUUAUUCGGUGAUUUGAGAUAUUUUGACGCGAUCGUAUUUAAUCUUCAAGAGGUCAGUAGCAAUGAACAAGACUUACCAGUUGCAAGAGCUCCACAUCAAAAAUACGUUUUCGCGGCAAACGAUUCGGCCGAUAAUUACCCUGUCUGUAAUGGAGUUUACGAAAACUUCUUUAACUGGACUUGGACUUACAGAACAGACUCUGCAAUUCGCUACAAGUUCUUUACAUUCACAACUACCAGUCAAGAUAACAUUCAAAUGAGCUAUCAAUGGCCUGACCGAAUGGAAGCCAUCAUUGAUCCCGUGUUCAGAGAGGAGCUGAACUCAAAAGCCAAAGGAGUCCUUACCUUUCUUGACAAAUGCCAGAGUAGAAGCAAAAGAGAGGUGUUCUUGAAGAACCUUCAGAAUGAAUUAUCAAAAUAUAACCUGACUGUGGAUAUUUUUGGUAAAUGUGGUCGAGCCUGCAGCCCGAGACGUAAGUCAAUGAAACCAUGUUUCUGGAAAUUGAGGAAGGAUUAUUUCUUCUAUUUGGCAAUGGAAGAUUCUUUCGCUAAAGAUUUUAUGACCGAUAGCGUACUUUAUGGGUUAAAGUAUAAUUCAGUGCCUAUCGUUUACGGGAAGGCUGAUUAUGACAAAUUUCUACCACCGAAUUCAUACAUUAACGCUAUGGAACUUGGAGAAGAGAAAUUAGCAAAAACAAUAAACACGAUUAUGAGAAACAUGCAAAUUUACUACGAGUUCUUCGCGUGGAGGAACCAUUACGCCGUCAGGGAAAUGCAGGUCCUUGACCCUUGCUCUUUGUGCGAUGCUUUAAAUAAACCCGAGUGGUUGGAGUACCGGUGGAGUCACAGUCAAUUCAGGAAUUGGUGGAACCCUGAAUACGAGGACCGAUGCCCGUUUUAUAGUAAAUAUUUAACGCUUUAAGGCUUUGACGUUGUCUAUCCAAGCGAAUGUGAAUUAUAAUCAGCUAUUUAAAUAAAUUAAAGAAAAAAAUAGAAUGACAAAAGGACAGAUAACUUACCGUAUUUUAAGCUUCGGAGUAACCAUCACGCGUUAAGUAACUUGAAUAUUGGCAUAAUAGGGCUGUCAGCUGUAGCCAAAAAAAAAAGAGUUGGCUGUAAUUUUUUCAUUAAGUCAUUCAAUAGGCUACGAAGAUUUCUGAUGUUGAAACUAUGUGGUUACCAUACAUCAAUAAAUGAAUGCCGCCAUCGCCAUCGAAUUCUCUAAUGUCCUGUAAAACCGCUAGCCGCUACAAACUUCUCGCUAGAGAAUUUCCUGAGUGCUAACACCUUCUUUCGCGGAAACUUAAAAGCCUAGUGGCCAUAUGCUCGCCUGUAUUCGACGAUAAUUACAGAAAUGUUUAUUAAUUAUAUCGUAUUUAGAGGUAUAUAAUUGAUAUUCAAUUUUAAUAAUGCAUGACUUCACGUCUUCAAAGUAAGAUGUAAUAGUUUGGCAAAAAUUUCGACAUAAAAAAAUUCCAUUUUCAAUGGCAAGAUAAAGGAUAAUAAUAAACACAAUCAUAAUUGUAAAAUACUAACAGUAUUAUAAUAAUAUUGCCAUAAUAAAUAAAGAAAUUAGGACAAAGCUAUCAGAAACCACAAUUACGCGUACAGAUUAAAUAUCACAAUAAUAAUCACGUUUUAAAAUUACGAACGCAAAACAAAUUUUGGCGGAAUGAAAUCGGCAACCACCCUUUACCAUGCGAGAGCGGAUUAAAAGUUUAAAUUAUUUCAACAGAUUAACGACAUAUGAUAAAACGAUACAUUCAGCUGAUACUGUCGACACUCCGGGCGCGAUGUUAAUUUAACUUUUAAUCCUUUAGCUCAUUGCUUCCGUAUUAAUUAGAUUUUAUUGUUGCAUGGAUUUUUGUGUUGUCUUUCAUGAAUCACUACAUAGUAUAUAACAAAGUCGCUUUCUACGUCCCUAUAUCCCUACGUAUGGUUAAAUCUUUAAAACUACGCAACGGAUUUUGAUGCGGUUUUUUUUAACAGAUAGAGUGAUUGAAGAGGAAGGUUUAUAUGUAUAACUAGUGACCCGCCCUCGCUUCGUCCCGCCAUGUUGCGCGCGAUACGACAAUAACUGCGGGUGACGCCGCGGGGUGAAGCUAAUCUAAAAAAGUAGCCUAAGUUACUCCUUAUAUCAUCAGCUACCUAUUAGUGAAAGUCUCAUCAAAAUCGGUCAAGCCGUUCCAGAGAUUAGCUGAAACAAACAGACAGGCAGACAAAAAUUGUAAAAAAUGUUAUUUUGGUGUGUGUACCGUAUAUAUAUAUAUUGUAGUAAAAAGCGGUUAUUUCAAUAUUACAAACAGACACUCUAAUUUAAUUUAUAUGUAUAGAUAACAUCCAUUAAAUAGUGGAGAAAUCAAUAAUAAAUUACAGUUUCCGAAGCGAAGCGAUAGCGGGUCGCUAGUACCUAUAUCAAUAAAAUAAUGUUGCCUUAAACAGAGUGAAAGAAAUAUUAAGCCGAAAUGGUAGUGAUAAAACUGAAACUAAUGGCUGUGGUGUCGGUCUACUACAGCUUGCACGGUUGCAGAGCCCACUAUCCUGUCUAUUUCUGCUACAAAGUAAUUAUGCAUUCCGUAUUGAUGGAACGCACAGGCUUUAUACCACUUUACCUUGAAAAUCCAAUACCGUGUCUCACGGUAGUUGGUGGUAAUCAUGCCGUGAUUAUAUAGGCUUCAGUACCCACUUAACACCAAGUGAACCGUCAUCUAGUUCAACUCUGUAGGCAAUUAAAAAAAUACGACAUCAAGCUGAUUAACUGAUGAUAGGGCUAUGCGCCAGAUAGGGAAGUACUGUUGUUUAUUUCGUGUUGUUCUUUUUUUGAUGUGAAACAUCUAUAGCGGCACGUAAAACCGAUUUCUGGCGUGGCGACGCAUGCCGUGGCGACGCAUGCAGUGGCGACGCGUCACUGAUUAAACGAAUUAAGUGGUCACGAUUUGAAAUAAAUUCGUAAAUUUUUGUAUUUAAUGAAAGUAAAUGUUUAUUCAAUAAAUAGUCAUCGUUAUCUGGAAAAAAAA